UGUAGAACGAGAAGAGAGAGGGAGAGACCCUGCCUGGAGCCUCCCGGCCGUGGCCCGAUUGCAGAGAGCAGAGGCUCCGUCACGUGUUUUGCUCCUCGGGAGUGAGACGGCGGCGCGGUCAGAGGGGGCCGGCGCGCGGUGCCAGACGCCGCCGCCGCUUGUUUUGGUUGGGGCUCUCGGCAACUCUCCGAGGAGGAGGAGGAGGAGGGAGAAGUAACUGCGGCGGCUGCGCCUCCGGAGGAUAGGGAGUCUUCCCUCCCCUUUCUCUUCCCAAACCUCCCUCCCCGCCGCCUCCCCCCUCCCGUCCCCUCCCCUCCUCCCUCGCGGACUGGAGCUUGGGGCAGUGAUGAGUCUGUCCCUCUGGACCGUCCCCUGCUCCCCUGGCUGCCCAGUAGCGUUGCGCGUGGAAAAGCCACUUUCCCCGCCCGCCGAGAUGGGCUCGAGUGCGGGCUGCAGUGGACGCGUCCUCGGGUGGCGGCAGCAGCAGCAACAGCCGCAGCGCCGCGGUCUCUGCGAUUGAGCUGGUAUUUGGGCGGCUGGUGGCGGCGGGGACGGUUGGAGGGUGGGAGGAGGCGGAGGAGGAGGAGAAGGAGGAGGGAGAACCCCGUGCAACGUUGGGACUUGGCAGCCCGCCUCCCCCUGCCCAAGGAUAUUUAAUUUGCCUCGGGAAUCGCUACUUCCAGAGGGGAACUCGGGAGGGAAGGCGCGCGCGCCUGAAGGGCCAAGCUGGGACUCCUCGGUCGCUGCUGCCUCCCCGCACCGGACUCGAUCAGGGGCGGCGAGGGAUGCAUCUUAGCUUUUUCUGGGCUGCGGAGACUCCUCAGAAGACUGCGGCUGCACUCACCCUAGACACACUGCCUUCCCCUCUGGGCAUGAAACGCCCUUAAACUCGGGUCGGGCAAUCUUCCUUGGCGCAGCUACCUCGCCCUUCGGCUGCCCCUUUUCAGCGCCGGGAACGGCGACGAUUUCGGAAUCAGGGUUUCUGCUUCCUUCAGCCCCGGAGUGCAUGUGCGGGGCCGCAUCGCGAAUACUCCCCCCACCCAGUUUUUCGGCACCUCCCUCGGCCCCGCAGCAGUAUGGCGAGCCCUCCGGAUACCGAUGGCUUCUCGGACGUGCGCAAGGUGGGUUACCUGCGCAAACCCAAGAGUAUGCACAAGCGCUUUUUCGUGCUGCGAGCAGCCAGCGAGACCGGGGGCCCGGCACGCCUGGAGUACUAUGAGAACGAGAAGAAGUGGCGGCAUAAAUCGAGCGCCCCCAAACGCUCGAUCCCCCUCGAGAGCUGUUUCAACAUCAACAAGCGGGCUGACUCCAAGAACAAGCACCUGGUGGCUCUCUACACCCGAGACGAACACUUUGCCAUUGCGGCAGAUAGCGAGGCUGAGCAAGACAGCUGGUACCAGGCGCUUCUGCAGCUGCAUAAUCGAGCAAAGGCCCACCAUGACGGGGCUGGAGGUGGAGGCUGCGGUGGUAGUUGCAGCGGCAGCUCUGGCGUCGGAGAAGCAGGGGAGGACUUGAGCUAUGACACUGGACCAGGACCCGCGUUCAAGGAGGUCUGGCAGGUUAUCCUGAAACCCAAGGGCCUGGGCCAGACAAAGAACCUGAUUGGCAUCUACCGUCUCUGCCUGACCAGCAAGACCAUCAGCUUUGUGAAGCUGAACUCCGAGGCAGCGGCUGUGGUGCUGCAGCUAAUGAACAUCAGACGCUGUGGCCACUCAGAGAACUUCUUCUUCAUUGAGGUGGGGCGUUCCGCCGUGACAGGGCCUGGCGAGUUCUGGAUGCAAGUGGAUGACUCCGUGGUAGCCCAGAACAUGCACGAGACCAUUCUAGAGGCCAUGCGGGCCAUGAGCGAUGAGUUUCGCCCGCGCAGCAAAAGCCAGUCCUCAUCCAGUUGCUCCAACCCCAUCAGUGUUCCCCUUCGCAGGCACCAUCUCAACAAUCCUCCACCCAGCCAGGUGGGCCUGACUCGCCGAUCUCGCACCGAGAGCAUCACUGCAACCUCCCCUGCCAGCAUGGUGGGUGGGAAACCAGGUUCCUUCCGGGUGCGCGCCUCUAGCGAUGGCGAAGGCACCAUGUCCCGUCCAGCAUCAGUGGAUGGCAGUCCUGUGAGCCCUAGCACCAACAGGACCCACGCCCAUCGGCAUCGAGGCAGCUCCAGGCUUCACCCUCCACUCAACCACAGCCGCUCCAUCCCUAUGCCUUCUUCCCGCUGCUCGCCUUCAGCCACCAGCCCAGUCAGUUUGUCAUCCAGUAGCACCAGUGGCCAUGGCUCCACCUCAGACUGUCUCUUCCCGAGGCGCUCCAGUGCUUCGGUGUCCGGUUCUCCUAGUGAUGGCGGUUUCAUCUCUUCUGAUGAGUAUGGUUCUAGUCCGUGCGAUUUCCGAAGUUCCUUCCGCAGCGUCACCCCAGAUUCCCUGGGUCACACCCCACCAGCCAGGGGUGAGGAAGAGCUGAGCAACUACAUCUGCAUGGGUGGCAAGGGAGCCUCCACCUUGACUGCUCCCAAUGGACAUUACAUUUUGUCUAGGGGUGGUAAUGGCCAUCGCUACCUCCCAGGUGCUAACUUGGGGACAAGCCCGGCAUUGACUGGGGAUGAAGCCACCGGCGCAGCAGAUCUGGAUAACCGGUUUCGGAAGAGAACUCACUCUGCAGGCACGUCCCCUACCAUCUCCCAUCAGAAGACCCCCUCACAGUCUUCUGUGGCUUCUAUUGAGGAGUAUACGGAGAUGAUGCCCGCUGCCUACCCACCAGGAGGUGGCAGUGGAGGCCGACUGCCCAGCUAUCGGCAUUCUGCCUUCGUGCCCACCCACUCCUAUCCCGAAGAGGGUCUAGAGAUGCAUCCCUUGGAGCGUCGCGGGGGCCACCACCGACCGGACACUUCUAACCUGCACACCGAUGACGGCUACAUGCCCAUGUCUCCAGGGGUGGCUCCAGUCCCCAGCAACCGUAAAGGAAAUGGGGACUAUAUGCCCAUGAGCCCCAAAAGUGUCUCUGCCCCACAGCAGAUCAUUAAUCCCAUCCGUCGCCACCCUCAGAGAGUGGACCCCAAUGGCUACAUGAUGAUGUCUCCCAGUGGCAGUUGCUCCCCUGACAUUGGUGGUGGCUCCAGCAGCAGCAGCAGUGCCGCCCCGUCUGGGAGCAGCUAUGGGAAGCCGUGGACAAAUGGAGUAGGGGGGCACCAUCCUCAUGCCCUGCCUCAUUCCAAAGCCCCUGUUGAGAGUGGUGGCGGUAAGCUCUUGCCUUGCACAGGCGACUAUAUGAACAUGUCACCCGUGGGAGACUCCAACACCAGCAGCCCCUCGGAAUGCUACUACGGUCCCGACAAUCCCCAGCACAAACCAGUCCUCUCCUACUACUCAUUGCCAAGGUCUUUUAAGCACACCCAGCGCCCUGGGGAGCCAGAGGAGGGUGCCAGGCACCAGCAUCUUCGUCUCUCUUCUAGCUCUGGACGCCUUCUCUACACUGCAACUGCAGAAGAUUCUUCCUCUUCUACCAGCAGUGACAGCUUAGGUGGGAGUUACUGUGCGGCCAGGCCGGAGUCUGGCCUCACGCAUCCCCACCACCAUGUCUUGCAACCCCAUCUGCCUCGAAAGGUAGACACAGCUGCACAGACCAACAACCGCCUGGCCCGGCCUACAAGGCUGUCCUUGGGAGAUCCCAAGGCAAGCACCUUACCGCGGGUUCGGGAGCAGCCGCCGCAGCAGCCUUCGCUACACCCUCCUGAGCCCAAGAGCCCAGGGGAAUAUGUGAAUAUUGAAUUCGGGAGUGGCCAGCCUGGCUAUUUAGCUGGCCCCGCGACUUCCCAUAGCUCUCCUUCAGUUCGGUGUCCACCCCAGCUCCACCCAGCUCCCAGAGAAGAGACUGGCUCAGAAGAGUACAUGAACAUGGACUUGGGGCCAGGCCGGAGGGCAACCUGGCAGGAGAGUGGUGGCGUUGAGUUGGGCAGAGUAGGCCCUGCACCUCCAGGGGCUGCUAACAUUUGCAGGCCAACCCGGUCAGUGCCAAGUAGUCGUGGUGACUACAUGACCAUGCAGAUAGGUUGUCCUCGUCAAAGCUAUGUGGAUACCUCACCAGUGGCCCCAGUCAGCUAUGCUGAUAUGCGGACAGGCCUUGCUGCAGAGAAGGUGAGCCUGCCCAGAGCCGCAGGGGCUGCUCCAUCUUCAUCCUCUGCAGCUUCGGCUUCUCCUGCUGCACCUCAAGGAGCAGCUGAGCAGGCUGCUCACUCUUCCCUGCUGGGAGGCCCUCAGGGACCUGGGGGUGUGAGUGCAUUCACCAGAGUGAAUCUCAGUCCCAAUCAUAACCAGAGUGCCAAAGUGAUUCGUGCAGACACUCAAGGCUGCCGGAGGAGACAUAGCUCCGAGACCUUCUCAGCACCAACUCGGGCUGGUAACACAGUGUCCUUUGGAGCAGGGGCUGCAGGAGCAGGCAGUGGUGGUGGUGGCGGCAGCAGCGAGGAUGUAAAACGCCACAGCUCUGCAUCUUUUGAGAAUGUGUGGCUGAGACCUGGGGAUCUAGGGGGAGCCUCCAAGGAAACAGCUCAAGCGUGUGGAGCUGCUGGGGGUUUGGAGAAUAGUCUUAACUACAUAGACCUGGAUUUGGCCAAGGACGUGAAACAGCGUCCUCAGGAGUGCCCUUCUCAACAGCAGCCCCUACCACCCCCUCCCUCUCACCAGCCCUCAGGCAGCAAUGAGGGCAGCUCCCCCAGACGCUCCAGUGAGGAUUUAAGCACCUAUGCCAGCAUCAGCUUCCAGAAGCAGCCAGAGGACCGUCAGUAGCUCAACUGGACAUCACAACAGAAUGAAGACCUAAAUGACCUCAGAAAAUCCUCCUUUAACUCAUGGGUAUCCAGACUCAAACUAUUUCACAACUCACAAGCAGGACCUCACGUCUCCCUCUGCCGUAGAUGGUACGAUGCAUCCAUUACAGUUUGUUUACUCUGUACAAUCCUCAGGAGUUCAUGACUGAACUGCACGUUCAAUAUUGUGCCAAGCAAAAAGAAAGCACUGUGACCCCAGGACAAUGAGUCUGCGUAAACUUCAUCUUGAACCUUAAGGACUUCGCUGGCCACAGUGAGCUGGUGUGCCCAUCACCAUGCCGCAAGAGAAUGGGUUUAUUCUCGUCGCAUCUACAAGCGUAUGUUUCAUCUACUCUGAAACCGUGUCCCAUGAAGCACCACUCUAAAUUAUUUCAUACGGAACUGUUCACGUUGGGUGGAGAGAGUAUUAAAUAUUUAACAUAGGUUUUGAUUUAUAUGUGUAAUUUUUUAAUGAAAAUGUAACUUUCCUUACCGCACAUCUUUUUUUGGAUGUGGAACUGAGGUAUUUGAUGUUCUGUUGUAAAGAGUGGAGCAAAUGCUUAAAACGAGGCGAAGAAGAGUAGUUUAGGGUAUGAUCCUUGUUUUGAGAUUCUAAUUCAGAAAAAUAAUAUAAUAAGAAUCAUAGUGCCAUAGAAAGUUCUGUACUGUACAGUUAUACUCGCUGAUACUGUCUCCUGUAAUAUAAACUUGAUGUUGAGCUGAGUUCCUUUUAAAAAUUCAUUCUAGUUUUGAUUUUUGGUUUUUUUUUCCAAACAGAAGGAGGAUGUAUUCUACUGGGGUGCUUUCAGUUGUCAGCUUAGAGUUGGUAACUGAAUGGAAGCAAAAUUGCAAGAAAAGAAAACCACAGACUUUCAUUGUAUAUACUGUGUAGAGAGAAGGAGGCAUGAGCGAUCCCUUCAAGUCAAAAGCUCUCUUUGGAAUGAAGAAUGUGGGUGUUUAUAAAUUCUGGAAAUGUCUUUCUGUUCAUAAUAAACUAGACACUGUUGAUCCCCUUCCCCACCUCUAUAAGCUUCUCGCUCCCACCCCCUCUCUGUCUGUGUACACAUCAUGUUUCAUUUCAUACAUUGUCUUGAAAAGGCUGUUAGGAGAAGUGUGUUCUUGCUAACUGGAAAUUAAAAUUCCAGAUUCUUCCUUCCUUCUUUCCUCCUUCCCUCCCCCCUUCCUUCCUUCCUUCCUUCCUUCCUUCCUUCCAGGGCUCCAUGUCAUGUUCUCUAAGACACCUAUCUCUUGUGUUCUGAGAGCUUCCAGUGUUGUGUGUGUUUAGAUGAAUGCGGUUGGCUCAUUUGCCCUGGUGUUUGCUGGCCUUUUAGCGGUUAUCUAAUAAACGUGGUUUACAGAGAGCACAGAAAAACAUAGUGACCUGCCCCUGAGGCAUCUAGCCAGCAGUAAACAUGUUAAUCCUUUCCUUAUUUGGAAAGUCCACGUCUUGGAUUUUUUCAUGUAUUAAAUAGCAAUGGCAAUGAAUAUACCUGAGGAUGUUUCCUCCAGAAUUGUAAAUUAUUGCCACGAAACUUCUGAAAAGUAUAGAGAAUUGAUGCAGUGCCGGGCUCCCUCUGAGUCCCUAGGAAGGCAAUGCUGCUGGGAGGAGGAGCAACUCUCUGCCUCUGGGAAGGAUUGAGCUGCCUGGGUGGGGCUGCAAGGAAGGAGCUAGGGCAAAGGCACUGCCUUGACCAUUGCCCUGAUCAACUGAUUAGGGACCCCUUGCUCUAUUUAGAGGGAUAAAUUGACCCCCGACUGCUGAGGCCAGUGUUAGCACUCAGUCAGCCAGAAGACACAUACCUCACAGACUGUUGUACAAUGUUCAUUGUUGCAGAUUUUAAUCAUUUGCAUGCUCAUCAGUUUCUAAGGUAAAUAGGUCUCUAGUCAUAAGUAUACAUUGUUUUCAAGGAACUCUGCCAAGUGACAUCAUUUGCUGUCAGUAGAAAACCCCACUGGCUUUGAAAAAUCUGAUGUGAAAGUUGUUUUUUUGUUUUUUCUUUUUGUUUUUACAAAUGUGUAAGCAAAGACUCUCAUUGUCAAAGUAACUUUUCAUUCUUUAAGUAUUCUGACUCAAAUGCUUGCUAAUAUAAGAAGAAAGCAAGCUGCUUGCUCCCCACCCCUCCCCCCAGGACCCGAGUAAUGGAAGGGAGAGCAGUGAACAAAGUCAGCCCCAACUGUUUGCCUAGAAAGCUGGCUGUGAUAGCUCACAGAGCCCAGGCUUCAGAUAUCUGUGACUAUCAUGCUUCUGUAUAUGGGGUUAUUGACAUUUGGGGUGACAGUGGAAAAGAAGAGCGUGGAUAGGCAUCUCCUAGUUUCUUGCUUUUUAUGGAGUCAAUAUUGCAAAGGUAGACAUUCUUCCUUCAGCUUCCUCUAGAGUCACCUGAGCUGGGUGGGAUGAAAGCUUCCAAUCAAACAUAGCUGACCUGGAACUGGAAGUCGCUGGUACCCAGGCUGAAUUCCCAUGCUCUGGCUCUUUGAAGGGUUUACUUCAAAACACAUCAGCUGCUAUGUUUUUGUGUUCAAUUCCUGUUAAAGGUUGGCUUUUAUCUCUUUCCAGGUAUUUGCAGGCCAACCAGGGCCUUACAUUAAUGGGGCUUCUAGUGGCCCCUGGCUCAUGUGGAAGUUAGUGGCUUUCUCUUUACGAGACCAACCUUUCUCAGCAUUCUUUCUUAGAGACGUGUUAAGACAGAGUUUUAAAAUUCUCCUUUGUGAAAAGAACAAGUAUAUUCCCUGGCUCUGAUGUUACCUGUGUUUUGGGGCAAAAGCUUAGCUCUAGAACCAGCUGGAAAUGAGGGGAUUCCAUUAAUGAUCAACCACCUGGGUCAAUAAUGACAAAUCAGUACUGCUGCUACGUGUAUGACUAUUUCUUGCUAACUUUCAAAGGUCAGGGCCACUCUCGACUAAUCUAGCGACUACAAAAGUGGAUCUACUCAAGAACCAUCUAGCAGAAAUAGAGAAUUUUAACCUGUCUUCUCUUAGCUUUUGUCUUCUGUCUUUUAUAUGUGAGACAAAGUGUUAAGAAACAAUUUUGCUGUACUGUAGGAAACAGUAUUUUUAAUUCAAUGGUACAUCCUGAAUGCAAUAUACCAUGUAGUUGGGAACACCUUUGAAACAGGCUACUCAAAGAUAGAGAAAGGCUGCUCACCACCACACGAUGACAGCAAGGAACAUGAGGGAUAGUACAGCCAUGAGUUGCUGUGGCUGUUGGUGAUACCGAUCCCAAAUUUACCUCAUGAUGCCUUGGCUGGGAUCUGUACUUGAGGUGGUCAUACAAUGAGGUCUAGGAAGAUGCCAGGCAUUCACACCCACUCUGGAGAGAAGGGGCUUCUUGGGAAGGUCCAUGGAAGACAAUUGGGGAAAGCAAAUAAGAAAUGGUUUCUUUGCAGUGACAAGACAGGAGGGUUAGUGCUGCCAAGACAGUGUGCAUGUUAGCAGGAGGUGAUGCAACACUCAUAUGUAUGGGCUGCUUCUGAGAAACUUGUAGGAAACAGGCUGUGAGCAGGCCCAACGUUGGCAGUACUAAUGGAAGGACUUCCAGGCUGGACCAUGAGCUUAACUAUGGAAAGCAGAGACAACCUUCCUUGUAGUUAGUAGAACUGAGGGUUAAACACUGGGCCUGCUCGUCCCUGAGCCAAGCCUAAGAAGGUUCCAGUGGAGCUCUGUUCAUCAGUUCCCCUUACACACCUGUAGAAAGUUUGGCUCAGAUGACAUGCUGGGUAUCUGUCACUCACUACUCACAAUUAGGGCACCGAAUAGAUGUUGGAAGAAGACUGAGAGGUGCUGGAGGUGUUUGGCCCUACUCUUAAUUAGGAGCCUAUAAGUAGUAAAUAUGAUUUUUAAAUGUAUGACUUGGGUAAGGUGUUAUCUCCCUUCCCUAGCUUAUCAAUGACUUGGCAUUUGUGAUGUCUGCACCAAGAGAUGGGUGUGUUAUCCCUUUGCCAUUCACCCACUAUUUAAACCUCUCUUUGUUCAUGCUGUCUUUCCAGUGUUAGCCAUUAUGCCAUAUCGUAGAACAAAUUCACUACCCAGGAAAAUGUGUCUGUUUGCAUAUCCAUUUGUAGUGCUAGUGUUUUUUUUAAAAAAAUUCAUUUUAGAACUUUGCCACUGGCCUAAGAAUAGAGUUUCCAGAAGAAUCUUUCUUGUGUAGUUACUUUCCUUAUACCUCUUGGCUACAGGGUGGGCCAAACAAAUGCCAUCUAGCUUUCCAUUUACUGUGUGUGGUUUGGUUUAUCAUCCGAAGAUGGUGGUGCUAUUGAUGGUGCUACUUCAUCUGUGUACAAAAGACCAACACAUGGUCUCUGUUGCUACCAAAACAUUUACUGUAUAUAUGUGGAUACCGUAUUAUGUAUAUAUGUAAUGGGUACCAGGCCAGGUUUAUAUUUUUUCUUUAGCAGUGUUUCACUUUUCCAAGCUUUCUUUAUAAUGUUAUGCUUGUCUUCAAUUCUUUUUACCCCCAAUUCUGUCUGGUACUUAGAAUUGUAGUGUCUUCAUCGUUAAUUAAAGAAAACUGUCUAA